GUCAUCGCGCUCUAGGGUCAGUGACAAGGGCAGACAUUGCACUCAAAGGAGCCUCGGAACCUCCAGAAUCCAUUCCAAGAUGCCUUCUAAACACUAUCCAGUGACACUGUGACUUCACUGACCAACCACAUCAAUUUUUCAGCGGGGAACCGAGACCAUUCCGCCAUGGAUGCCUAUCCUCUUGACUACGUCGGCCACAACCUUCCGCUUGUUCUUCUCUCCGGAAUUGAACCCGCUGGUCAGGAAUCGUUACAUCUACCGUCGUCCGAUGUCACCUAUCCCCAGUUGAAUGAGAACGGUAUCCAAAUAUUCUCCGACUUUCCGCCAUUAACAGAUGCGACUGCAAAGAGAUUAUUAGUUGACCUCCUGGCGGAGGAUGCGUCAAAGUCUCCAUGGAAUGCCCGGGCAUACGGCGGAAAAGCAAGAGGAAUCGGGUUUAGAGUAAAACGGGUUGGGCGGACCUAUACUCUCCCUCCACGUAAAGCCCGGCCGCCGAUUCCAUCGUCAUCCCCCAGCAGCAGCAAUCACAAUGAAGCCGCAGGUGCUCCCCUUAUCCUGCAUUCGCCAAUUUCCCCCCUGACCCCCGCCUCACCUACGUAUCCAGAUGGGAUAGCAACGCCCUUAUGGGUAACAAAACAUCAGAGCUUGGUCCCUACCGCAUUCGUCAAUUUUUUCCCGCUUACACUUGACUCAAAUAUGGCGUCCCUUCGCGACAAUCAGCUAAAGAUUGAAAUCAACACCUUAAAGAAAGAUUGGGCCAGUUCUGGUUAUAAGACAAGGUUCGUGGUCGCGCUUAUAUGUGAGGACGGGCCCGUGCCUGGAGACAUAAAUGAUCGGAUAUCGAGCAUACGGAGGGCUACGAAUCUGGACCUUAAGAACAUCUUCGUUCUUCCACCUACUCCGUCGCAGGAGGACUUUCGUGAUUUUGUGAGGUCUCUCUUUUCUUCUCUGCAGGGUCCAUGCGUCGAGUACUAUCGAGAUCUGUCAAAACACGCUAGGCGGAAAAGAAAUCGAGGGUCUAUACCUCCCCCAACAGCGCCCCCCACAACAGGAACAUCACAAACGCUGGCAGCUCAGGGUUGGAAUAUCCGGUACGAGUUUAAACUCGGUGUGUUUGCAGAGUUUCGCCAGGAAAUAGAUGCUGCCUGUCGAAGUUACGAAAGCGCGUAUGCGCUACUCUUCGGGGAAGAAGUGUUUGAAACGAUUGCUGGAUGGAGUCCUCGGUUCGAUGAUGCGCGAAUGUUAGCUGAUGUUCUUGCCAUUCGGAUCAUUCGAUGUCUUUUGUGGACUGAGCAGACAACUUUGGCUGUUCGAGUAUGGCUGAUGCAUGAAAAGCGUAUAAAGGAUAUUGUUGGCAGUCGUGGGAAGGGUACUAACAACUAUGGCUGGGAAGCCUGGGAGGCUAGAUGGUCGCUAGUAAUGGCUGAUCUGAUGCGCCGAGCAGAUUUAUCCGUUCUAAAAGUCCCAAGCCAUGCAGCAGACUCCUAUCCAAUCCGCCAGGCGACAAUAUAUGCCCCCCCGGAAGAGACUAUAUCUGCUAACGAAAGGCUGUACCCUUGGGAAUUACUCCAUCAUGCGGGCUACUGGCUGAAUCGGGCCGCUAAGCAUACUUCACGAAGAAGGUUAUUGGCUGAAAAGAUCCCAGACGAAGAUAGAUCCGCGCCCACCCAAGCGUCACCUGCCCAGGCAAAGGGUCGAUCAAAUGUAUACGAUACAUACCUCGCCCCAGAGCCUUUCGAUGAAUAUCCCCUUUCUGAUAGCAAUGGUACAAACCAUUCAAAACUGAUCAUUAGCUAUCUUACAGCUUCUUCGGAGGAGUUUUCGAAAAGAGGCCAGUUACGCAUGGUAGAGAGCCAGAAACUAGAUAUGGCAAGGGAGCAUAUGCGCCUAGGCGAAUGGGAAAUUGCAUUGGAUAUCCUCCAAUCAAUAUGGCCGGUCCUGACUUGGAGAAGGGAUGGUUGGUGGCACCUAAUGGAGGAAUUUGGGUGGGCGCUGAGGGAGUGUGCACACCAAGUUGGGCACUCUGAAACCAUUAUAAGAGUUGAUUGGGAAUUGAUGAACCGCUGCUUUACACCGAGAGUAGGAUGGAGCUACGAUCUGAAAAGGGGCGUUGUAGAUCUUCCCACUGUCGAGCCGAAGCCUUCCAUCGUAUUCAAGGAAGAGGAGGUAAUUUCAUUUUUGUCAGCCUCAUUCGCUUUCCAAAAGCUAGAAGGGAACGUCGGCGAACCAUUGCAAUCUCAGCUCGUUAUUGGAUCGUGUGCUCAUGGAAGCGCUUCGCCGAUUUCUUUAACUGAGGUGAAGGUCACCUUUGAGGGUAGCCUUCGUCCAAUCAAGCUCCAGGCAAGCCAUGAAGCCGCGAUAGUCGCGUGUAACCAAACCGAGAUUUCAAAUAUCACGCUGUCUGACUCCCUACUAUCGGAUUCGGCCAGUAUUCUAUCACAUCCGAGCAAUCUGCCUUCCAUGACUAGCACGGCCGAUCUGACAUUAGCUCCGGGUCAGACUAGGGUUUUCAAUCUAAUAUCUAUACCGCGUGAAGCUGGUGAAGUCAAGGUGUCUUCAAUCACUUUGAUGUUCGAAGAUGAAAGGUUUGACAUUACGUACGUCGUAACUCAACAGCCUUCCAAAGAAUCUGUCUGGUGGACUUUGGGCAAAAAAGGCGCUAUGUCAAGAAGAAUUGGCAAAGAUAGAGAUACUUCCGCCUGUAAUAUUUUGCCAAAACCACCGAAGGUUCUUAUCACAACCCCCUCAUUGCGCAAUCACUAUUAUACAGAUGAGCAUAUGGUCCUUGACAUUCUAGUUGACAAUGAAGAAGACGAACCGGCGGAGAUUUCUGUUGAAGUUAGGUUACUUGGGCAAUCGGAAGCGUCCGCUCAAAUACAUUGGGCAGAUGAACCAGAGGCCGAUGCUCAGUCUAAUAAGUUUGCUCCUACAACCCCAACUGGUUCUGACCCCUCUCUGGGCCAAAUAAAGCGAAGGAGUAUCGGUAUCGUUGAUGCCACUUGCCGGAGAACACUACCCCUCAUGUUCACAGACACGUCCAUGCCACAAGACUACGAGCUUGAAAUUUCCGCAUUCUACCAUCUUGUUUCAGAUCCGGCAACGCCGAUAUUCAAAACAGUGACUCUUGACCUCUCUUUUAUUCGCCCCUUUGAGGCAAAUUAUGAGCUCAUGCCUCGUGUCCAUCCAGAUGCUUGGCCGGACUUUUUUCAUCUCGAUGAGCCUGGAUUUAGUGAUGAGUCCGAGUCCAGGGCGCACGGUCUGCAGCAACGAUGGUGUUUGAAUUGCAAGAUAAUCUCAUUUGCCCACGAAGCUCUAUUGAUUGAUGAAGUAGAGGUAACAGUAAACGGAAUAGCGGGCGGGCUCGUUCGCCAGGUCGGACCAGGGUUACGCAAGGAUAAUAACGCAGCAGAGAUCCUCCCGGAACAAGUUCGCGAAUGCGACUUCAAUAUUGAACUUCAACGCCUCGCUCUUGACGACCGCCAAACGACGACGCUAAAUCUAUCCCUUGAUAUCAGAUGGCGCCGGCAAGGGGCAGAAGCGGCAUCGUCCUCGACCAUUGAAGCAUUCAUACCUACAACGACGCUCCCAAUUCCCCGCUUCGUCAUUCCUAUGGGAGAACCACGCGUUCUGGCAACGGUUAUGCCGUCGUCGUCUGCCAUCCCCGGUUUCAUCCACCUGAACUACACGCUUGAAAACCCGUCAAUGCACCUUCUCACUUUCAACAUUACCAUGGAAGCCAGUGACCAAUUCGCGUUCAGUGGGCCAAAGUCGAUCGCAGUACAGUUGGUGCCGUUGAGCAGACACACCAUCCAAUAUAACCUCCUGGCAACUGGAAAAGACAAAUGGAUCCAGCCUCAGUUAGUGGUAGUUGAUUCCUACUACAACAAGACGCUGCGGGUGUUGCCCACGGAAGGGAUGAAGGCGGAUAAGAAGGGAAUUUUGAUCCAUAUAGCCUAAUCCAGGCUUCCAUACAAGAGGUCUGCUUAGAUAGAGGAUAAUCUUUACAAAAGUCACCACCCCCAGAAUCCUUUGCUAGGCUGUCAACCGAACCUUCAAUUCCCCCCUUCUUCU